AAUUUUGUUAUUAAAUAAAAAGACCAUCGUCUCUUCGAAACAAACGUUUACCUGAUCGUCUCCAAAUCCCAGACAUCAAGCAGAGUAUAGAGCAACAAGAGGCGUAGUUGAGAUUGUGUAGCAGAGUCAAGCAGAGGAGGUAAAGGUGCCUGGAUUCGAGAUUCGACAAGGUCGGACGAGGGCUCCGCCGGCAUAGUUGGGUUCUGACCAGGCUUCCGGCGAUAGAUUGCUUUUUUGGAACAUACCGGCUUUAAGAUUAUUGUGUACAGUAUGUAGUCUAAACGAGAUGCUAAACUUGAAAAUAGUUUGCUUCGGGAGAAAUGAACCCAUUAAGUGGAAGCGUAGAUUCAAUUCGGCCGAUUCUCAUCAGCCAGCAACAUUUAGAGAAACACCUGAAUGGAAGAGAAUCCUUUCAGAACUCUUAGAAGCAUCAAAGGAAGGUAAUUGGAAAGCUGCGUAUGCAGGACAUACUUUGUUUGUUGAAAAUCUGGUGAGAUUGAUGAAAGAUGCGGAUUUAGAGCUUAAGAAUAGCAGUUCCAACACUGCGCUGCAUAUAGUUGCUCAAGGCAAAAAUGUGGUUAUAGCUAAAGUUCUGGCGACCAAGAACACGGAAUUGCUGGAUAUGGAAGGUAAUGAUGGAAAGUUGCCACUCCAAAUGGCAGCUUUAUCCGGAAACCAUGAUAUGGUCAUGUAUCUUCAUGGGAUGUCUAAAAGAAUGAAAUGCAGUCCUUGGACAGAUGAGAGACGAUGUGGUGUUCUAUUGACAUGUGUUGAAGCUGAGCUAUUUGAGGUUGCACAAGAAAUAGUAAAGGACUUUCCAAAACUUGCUCAGAGUGAAGACGAAGACGGUAUACUCGGAAUUCUUGCUCGUCAACGUAAUGCAUUUAAUAUUAAAAAACACCUUUAUCAAUACGAUGCAUACCACGGGCAUGUUGAUGAGGGAAAUCAAGCAGUGCAGCUGUUUAGAAUCAUUUUGACAUAUUUACGCAAGCCUAAUGGCUGUCAUGGUGAUGAGGAAAAUCAAGCAGUGGAAUUGCUUAGAAUGAUUUUGGCAAAUAUUCCCAAGACUAUAACUGAUGACAUGCGGAGAGGUCCUGUUGACCAGAUUAUGGAAGAUAAAAUGCUGGAAGAAGCAUGCCAAUGUCCAACAUAUAUCUCCAGGGUACUAUUUGUAGCUGCAGAAGAGGACAACACUGCGUUCCUAGCUGUCCUAAUUGGUGAAUAUCCAAAGCUUGUACUAGAUCUGAAUGAUAAAAAGAAGACUUUAUUUCAGGUCGCCAUCUUAUGUCGUUGUCCUGGAAUCUUCAACCUAUUGUGCGGCGUAGGCUCAAUCAAAGACUCGAUAAUUACUGCUGAAGACGAAAAUGGGAACAAUUUACUCCAUUUAGUCGGAAUCCUCGAGGAGGCCACAAUGAGUAAUCAAUGCCAGGACUUUCAAGAACCAGAUGUAGAAAUGGCAGAAAAAGAAAAAUGGUUCAAGAUGGUUUCGGAUAUGCUCCCUCCCUCACUUAGAGAAAAGAAGAACAAAGAUGGUUUAAGACCACGUGAAUUGUUCACGAAAAAUCAUAAAGAGCUAUUUCUUAAAGCGGUUGAUUCGGAUAAAAAAACAGUUUACGUCUUAUAUGCUUCUGUGAUGUCUUUGCUCGUCGUCAUUGCUGCAUCUACAGUAUAUCCAAACCACCGAGACAUCGGGCUGCUAUCGGCGCUUGCUAUGCUAUUGCAUGGGAUGGCUUUCAUACUCACUUUCACAUCAGUCGUCAGUACCUUGUCUAUCAUGUGGCCUAACUAUGUUGAACGUGGUUUCUUCUCAUUACGCUCAGUGAUCGCAUCCAUCAUGAGACGAAAUCUAAUGGCUGUCGUAUUGGUGUUUUUUACUGCAGCAAUGACGUACAACCCAUACGUCUUGCUGUUAGCAACAAUAAUGAUGAUUAUUCCUUUUCUCUACUGGAUAAUCUGUCGCAAUUCAAUAACUUCAUUGAGAAACCUAUAGUAUCUCUUGCUCUAUAUUA